AUGGACAUCACCGCCUUCGUCGUCGCCCAGCGCGACGAGGCCCUGUUGUUGGGCGACUACAACACCUACCGCCAGACCUGCUCGCGCCGCAUCCUCACCCUCCGCAAACGCACCGGCCGUGCCACGCCCAAGAAUGCGAAGUACAGCGCAAAAGCCCCCGUGACCGCUGAGGAUAUUGCCAAGGGCCAUGACUUCGUCCAUCUUGUCCUCUUCACGGCCGAGCGCGCCUGGGCCCAUGCUAUGUACAUGAAGGCUGUCCAUGCCGAGGACAACGCAGAGAAGGGCAUCACCGGCUCCACCCGAAAGCACAUCAUCUCGCGACUGCACAAGGCCGCUCAUACGGCGAACGAGCUUGCUUCGCUGCUGGCCGACCAAUCCACCGGCGCCACCACUACCGACCUGCUCGAGGCUCAGGCAUACGUAUGCUCGCUCCGCGGCGCCGAGGAGUUUGAGAAGCAGGCCGAGGGUGUCCAUUCCGAUAGCGCCCAGCCACCGGAUCAGAGGUGGAAACCGUGUCUGGUGCACUACUCGGGUGCACGCAUCAUCUACAACGCCCUCCUCCAGACCACCAAGAAGGACCUCUACAAGGAAUUCCUGGCCAGCACCGUCGACCCGAGUAUUCGUUAUGCCGCAUACCAGUCUCGCCUCCCUCGAACCGUUUCGGUCGCCACAGUCGCCCGCCAAUACUUCCCCAAGGAGGAUGCUGCCCUUCUGUCUGCCGUCGAGAAGCUCUAUCCUGAUGCUCUCAAGGACGAGGCAGUAGCUACUGGCAAGGGUGCAGAUGCCAUCGAGAAAAUCCCCAAUACCAUCACGUGGCGCUCGCGGACUGCCAACAUCGUUGACGCCGCGGUUGGCCAAGCUCUUGCAGCAGUUACGUCCGCCGAGGCCCGUCUCUCCGCAUUCCUUGCCUCUGCCUCGCCCGAGACGUCUUUCCGGGAUAAGGCAGCUGCAUACGAUGAGGUUCUCAUUGCCAGCCAGGACGCUUCGGACUCGACCCGGCACGCUAUAGAAGAGCUUGAGAAGGAAGGCGUCAGCGAGGGAGACUCGCGUAUGCAGGAUCUCCGUGUGACAGACCUGGCGGUCAAUUACGCUCUUAUCGGCUGGCGUGUGGGGAGGAACAGAGUGCUCAUUGGCCUCGAGGACGGCGCCGUUUUGCACUCUGAAAACAUCAAGAAGCCAAAGAAGCCCAGGAAAGAUGGCAAAGAGUGGGUUGAAAAGGAGGAAGGCACUGGCCGCAAGAUUGCGAGGAUACGGGAGCGCAAUGUGCUUUACGACUCGAUCCUUCAGAGCAUCGAUUCGGUAAAGGAUCUCAGGGGCGCCAUGCGCGAUGCUGCCUUUAUCGAAGAGCUAGAGGGCAAGAGGGCGUACUACCGCGCUCUUAAAUGCCUGAACCUUGGCUAUUCCCACACACUCCUCUCCCAGUCCAAAAACGCCCUUGCUCUGUUUGCCCGAGCACUUGAACUCGCGACCAAGGCCGUAGCUACGGGCACGUCUGAAUCGGCGUCCAACCCCCCGAAGCUAGACAUCUCCCGCGAGCAAGCCGACGCCCUUCACCAUCGCUUACAGGGCAUUGUCCAGCAAUAUCGUGCUCUCGUUGACCUCCAGAGCUACGCAAAGGGCGACUCGGCGAACAAGAGUGCCGUUCCGACCCCCAUUGUGGAGCGUCUCAACCAAUAUCCGUCCGAGAGCGUCGACCUCCAAAACCUUGUCGAAUGGCCGCCCAAGCUGCAGUCUGUCCCCGUGAAGCCCCUUUUCCUGGACGUGGCGUUCAACUACAUCGACUACCCUGGCAGAGCGAAGGCGGCUGUGGAGAAAGAGGGAGGUGUCAAGUCGGAACAGGCCCCGUCUCAGGGGGAGGAGCCGAAGAAGAAGGGCUGGUUUGGUUUCGGUCGGUAA